AUGGAGACGAACGUUGUUCAGAGGAGGCGACCACGGUCAACGGUGGUGACAGUCAACCUUGGCCAUGGGAUAUAUCCCAUUGAUUCCCGUCUUCUCAGCAUCAAGAUAGUGUUAAGUCCACGAGAUGCUAAGAAGUACCAGAUGUCUACCUCCAAUCACUUUGACGAGCUGCGCACAGCGCGCAAGGAGGGUGUUCAGCCCCUGCACCGAUCGGACACCUCGGACAAGAAGCCAGAUCGCUUCCACGAACUGCGAACCGCACGUCGGGAAGGUCAACCCCUGCCUCAGCCGAACACCUCGAAGAAAAGAGACGGCACAACGGAAGGGUCACAUGCAUACCCCGGAUCUCGGUACAGACGUCCGACUCCGCACCAGAUCGAGCACCACCGCCAAGAUGAUGUCGCCGAAGCCUACCCAAAGGGCGACAGCCCCUUGAUCGACGACCUGAGAAGGAGGAUCAGAUCCCCUCCCCCUCCCCGGACAACACCACAUCCUCGUGCUUCGGCGCGGCGCAUAACGAAGAAGACGGUACGAUGGGCAGAUCCUCUUGAACAGCCGACUCCGGAAAGGAUCAGAUCGGAAGAAAAGAGGAGGGACUUGGAGAAACCGAAGAGCGACGAGGAGAAGUGUCCGGAGGAAGGCCAGCCUUGUACUAUCCGCCGUUACAAACCCUCAAGCAUACCACGACCUAAGCGCCGCGGUUCAGGUGCUCAAAUCACCCAGCCAUCCUGUUCCGACCGUCGCCAAACCCCGAGCUUCACCAUCGAGUUGGUACUAGCGCCUCAAGCUGGCCAGUCUCCUCAACGCCCCUUAAGUCCCCUCAUCCCACAGGCAAUGCCGGCGCCAUUGCGAAUUUCGCCCCUCAAGUCGUCAACGCGCCGUACCGCAAACACCAUUCCCCCUUCUGUUUCCGCUCGAGGAUUCCAGGCCAAACCACCAACCAGGAGUUUUUCCUUCCAGGGCCAACCCGAGGUCACUACCCUCAGUCCAGGUCGUCGCCUCUCCCGCCAGAAACAUGCCCCCUCGACCGUCCAAGAGAAACUUUCCUCCUCUCAGCCUGCAACCACCUUUUUGAAGGAAAGGCCCAAGCGUCGAGGUACCGUCCGCCCACCCCAGUCCGAGACCAAGCCCGCUUCCGCCGCGGGCAAGACCGAGAGCAACACACCAUCGCUCUCCUCCUCCUCCUCCUCGACAUCUUCCUUCCACACUGCGAAGAGUUUCUGGAGUGAAGUCAGCGAUGACGAUAGCAAGAAUCGCCACUCUUCUCCUCUGAAGUCCUUGUCUCCCACCAAGCCAAGCCCAGCUGAUGUGACUGUCGAUCGUACUUCCAGUAGUUCAUCCAAGACUAUUGUUUCCAAGAUCCCGGGCCCCGGCUCGGCAUCAAGCUCCUCCUUCCAUGCCGCCAAGAAAUUUUGGGCUGGAAUAAGUAGCAGUAGCAGCUGUGGUGCCAUCGUUGAUGGUGCAGAGGAUGUGAAGAUCCCUUGUGGUCCCUCUGCUGCAGCUCACCGCGCGGAGGUGUGCAAGACUUCCAAGGUGGCGGAGUUGGCGCGGUACACGGUCAAUAGACCCGUGAUGGAGACUGCCCAAAACAGCAUUUCCAGGAUCCCCGUCUCGCGCUCCGAAAGUGCUUCCGCUGGUCGUAAUCAAGCCAAGUACAUGUCUAGGAUACCGGUAUCUUCUACACCGUCGUAUCAUGUAACAAACACUCAGCAGAGCCGAUAUACCCCCCUUCGUGCUGUUAGUGGCGUGGCUGCUUCCCGGUUCCAGUCCAGCUUGAAGUCUCCUGAUGGUGGUGGUUCGACCAUGAGCAGCUCUUCCAGCUCCUUAUCCUAUCAAACGGCACAAAGCCAUCCCAGCGUCGGCAGCGACAGUGCUAGCCGCAAGAUGAAGAGCGCAGCCAUCACUGCCUCCGAUCUUCCAAGCAACGACUCAGUCCCAGCUGAAUCUACACUCUCCAUCCAAGCGCAGCUGUGGCACGACGUACUGAAGCUCUGUACUUCUGGGCUGUCUUCUUGCCCGCCACUCUGCGACUGCAACGAUUGUAUCUGGUCCAGUCAAGAGGAAAUUGAUCGCUGCAGCAUGGUAGCGCACGUGGACGAUGGAGAGUGUCAUGAGCGGUAG